UCUCCCCUUCCAACAUCUACCCCUUCUCCCCCACACACUCACGUGUCAGUUGUCAGGGGCUUUGAUCCUCUCAUGUCUCUCUUUUAAUUAGUUAGGCUCCUCUUCCAUGUCACACUCUCAGUAAGUACUCCUCUACUUCCCCCACCGUCCUUCUUCCUCCUAAAGACAUACACAGAACCACCUCGUUCUUCACUGUCCCUUCCUUCCUUCCUUCCUUCCUUCCGCCUCUCUUUCAAUGGUAGAAUCCCGGAACGGUGUGAGCCGGAACAGAUUGACCCCGAGGAACAGCCUCUGCUUCCUCUUUUUCCUGUUUCUAGCAGUCCCAAUUGCGCCCUCCUCAUCGUCCCGUGAAUGGGACGGCGUAAUCGUGACCCAGGCGGACUACCAGGCCCUCCUGGCCAUCAGGAGCGAGCUCGUCGACCCCCACGGGGUCCUCCGGAGCUGGAAUGGUAGCGCGCUCGGGGCCUGCUCUGGUGGCUGGGCUGGGAUCAAGUGCGCCCAAGGGCAGGUCAUCGUGAUCCAGCUCCCCUGGAAGGGCCUUGGUGGCCGCAUCUCCGAGAAGAUCGCCCAGCUCGGGGCGCUCCGCAGGCUCAGCCUCCACGACAACUCCCUCACCGGCGUGGUCCCCCAGUCCCUCGGCUUCCUCCCUUACCUCCGUGGUGUCCACCUCUUCAACAACCGCCUCUUGGGCUCGGUCCCGCCCUCGCUCGGUAACUGCCCCCUCCUCCAGGCUCUCGACCUGAGAAACAACCUCCUCUCGGGGCCGAUCCCCCCCGCCAUUGCAAACUCCACCAAGUUGAUGCGACUCGAUUUGAGCUCCAACUCCCUCACCGGGUCUAUCCCGGUUGGCCUGACCCGAUCCCCUUCCAUUGCAUUCCUCGCCCUUGAGCGCAACAACCUGUCUGGCCCUAUACCUGACUCGUGGGGUGGAGUCGGAAAUAGCACUUAUCUGCUUACCACCUUGACCCUCGAUCACAAUCGUAUCUCGGGGUCGAUCCCGCCCUCUUUGGGCAAGUUAGGCUUGCUCCAAAAGCUUUCAAUGAGCCAUAACCAGAUUGGUGGAGCAAUACCUGACGAGCUCGGGCGUCUCUCGAGGCUCCGAGAGCUGGAUCUCUCAUUCAAUUCUGUCAACGGGAGCUUGCCGGCUAGCUUUCCGAACAUGUCCUCUCUUGUAGUCCUAAAUUUAGAAGGGAACCAACUGAGGGGCCUACUCCCCGAUGCCCUGGACCGACUCCUGAACCUCUCGAUGCUCAACUUAAGUAACAAUAAGUUCCAAGGUAAAAUCCCGUCGACUAUCGGGAAUAUGUCUAGCAUUUCCAAACUCGAUCUAUCCGAGAACAACUUCACUGGUGAAAUCCCUUCCUCACUGCAAAAUCUGGCCAAUCUCAAUUCUUUUAAUGUCUCCUACAACAACCUCUCCGGUCCCGUCCCCUCCCGUCUCUCCGAGAAGUUCAAUGCCAGCUCAUUCGUCGGGAACAUCCAGCUCUGCGGGUACAGCAGUUCGACUCCAUGCCCGAAUUCUCCUCCCCCACAGAGCUCCAUAUCCCCCUCGGCGGAGCCAUCCAUGGGGUCCAGGAAACGGAAGUUGACCACGAAGGACAUUAUCCUCAUAGCCGCAGGGAUUCUCCUCGCCAUCCUGCUUGUCCUCUGUUGCAUUGUGCUCUGCUGCUUGUUCCGAAAGAAGGCUGCAGCCAAGAAGAAGAAUGGGAAGCCUCCGGCAUCGACGGCUAUAUCGGAGAAGGCUGGUUCUUCAGGCAUGGAAGUUGAAUCGGGAGGCGACGCUGGCGGUAAGUUGGUCCACUUCGACGGGCCAUUUGUGUUCGCAGCUGAUGAUUUACUGUGUGCGACCGCGGAGAUCAUGGGGAAGAGCAGUUAUGGCACAGCAUAUAAGGCGACGCUAGAGGAUGGUCACCAAGUAGCUGUGAAGAGGUUGAGGGAGAAGACCACUAAGAGCCAGAAAGAGUUCGAGAACGAAGUUGCUGUGCUCGGGAGGAUUCGGCACCCGAACCUGUUAGCUCUCCGGGCUUACUAUCUUGGCCCGAAGAGAGAGAAGCUCCUCGUCUUCGAUUACAUGCCCAAAGGGAGCCUCGCAUCGUUUCUUCAUGCACGGGGCCCUGAGACAAGCAUCGACUGGCCAACUCGGAGGAGAAUAGCCAUCGGGGUGGCGCGGGGGCUGAACCACCUCCACACCCAGGAGAACAUGGUCCAUGGGAACCUCACAUCGAGCAAUGUCCUCCUAGACGAGCAGGUUAAUGCCCACAUAGCCGACUAUGGCCUAUCCCGGCUCAUGAGUGGUGGCGCCGCCACCAUGGUCGCCACUGCAGGAGCAUUGGGCUAUGCGGCUCCAGAACUUUCCAAGACCAAGAAGCCGACCAACAAAACCGACGUCUACAGCCUUGGCGUCAUUGUGCUCGAGCUCCUUACCGGGAAGUCCCCGAGCGAGGGCACCAGCGGGAGGGACCUGCCCCAGUGGGUGGCAUCACUCGUGAAGGAGGAGUGGACCACCGAGGUGUUCGAUCUGGAGCUGAUGAGGGACGCCACAGCCAUCGGGGACGAGCUACUCAACACCCUGAAGCUAGCCCUGCACUGCGUCGAUCCUUCCCCCACAUCCCGUCCCGAGGUUCAGGAGGUCCUCCAGCAGCUGGAGGAGAUCAUGCCCGAGGCAUCCGCGGAACCUGGGAACGAAGGGACCGAGGUUCCGGCACCAAUGGUCGAAUAAAUCAACCAGUUGGGUGUUCUAUUCUCAAUUAGUCCAGGUUGCAAAAUUCUUUGAUUGCUUAUUUAGUUGUCAGUGUCUGUAUAUAAAUCGUAUUGGGUUCAUGCUUUCAUUCAUCA